AUGACUAAGAAUGUUUGUUUUUCUGCAGCUUUUGUCCCAUUACGUGCAAGUUCCAUUGACAUUCAUCCAAAUGCUCGAUGGCAACAGAAUGGUAUCACUGUAGCUGGAGGAAAUGGAGAAGGCAAUGGAAUCAAUCAACUCUCAAACCCAUUGGGUUUGUAUGUUGAUGAUGAUCAAACAAUCUAUGUUGCUGAUCAAUUGAGUCACCGUAUUGUGGAAUGGCCAUGGGGUGCAACGAGUGGCCAAGUAGUUGCAGGUGGAAAUGGAGAAGGAAGUGGAGAUCAUCAAUUAUCUAACCCAAGAGAUGUGAUUGUUGACAAAGAGAGAGAUAGUCUCAUUAUCUCCGAUAAUUUAAAUAGAAGAGUGGUUCGAUGGUCUCGUCGAAAUGGAACAAGUGGAGAAACAAUCAUCUCCAACAUCGAUUGUGUGGGUUUGACAAUGGAUGAGAAUGGAUCACUUUAUGUCGUUGACUAUGGAAAACAUGAAGUGAGACGAUAUCGAAGAGGAGAAUCGGAAGGAACAGUGGUUGCAGGUGGCAAUGGAAGUGGAAAUCGUCUCGAUCAACUCUCUUACCCACAAUACGUAUUCGUCGAUCGAGAUCAUUCAGUAUAUGUGUCUGAUUUGGGAAAUGAUCGUGUGAUGAAAUGGAUGGAAGGUGAAAAACAAGGCAUUGUCGUGGCUGGUCGUCAAGGACAAGCAAAUGGUCUUAAACAAUUGUAUUAUACUGAAGGAGUCGUUGUCGAUCAAUUGGGCACUGUCUAUGUGGCUGAUUUCGACAAUAAUCGAAUCAUGCGUUGGUCCAAAGGAGCCACACAAGGAAGUGUCAUUGUUGGUGGAAACGGUGGUGGAGAACAAUCGAACCAACUCAAUAGGCCCAUCGGUUUGUCAUUCGAUCGAGACGGCAAUCUCUAUGUCGUCGAUAUGUGGAAUCAUCGAGUACAAAAAUUCAAUAUCGAAUCCAAUAAGUGAAGGACUAGGAAACUCAAAAAAAAAACCUAUUUUAUAUUCUAAGCAUGACAUUUGUAAUACUAACGGACUCACCGUUGGAAUUCUUGGAAUCCUUAAAAAAUUAUAAUAAAAAGGUACUCUAAUAAUAAUAAUAAUAAACAAAAUAUCAUCUAACUCAACCCAGUAUGAACCCACACCGUUUGCAUGUAAGGUUUCCGAAACCUUGGAAUCCUUGAAAAAGUCGAAAUUUCCUAUAUAUUAAAAAUGAAUCAAAAAUCAUUAAGGCCCCCUCCCCCUCAAAAAUCGAUCUCAGCCCAGGUACGUUCAAAUGGGCUGGGAUUUGAAGCAUAUGCUGGGACUGAAGUGAGGAGGCUGUGAUAAAAUUUUCAGCUCGAUACGCUGAUGUUUGACAGAGAUAUGAACCAAAGCAAGGUCAAAAAUAGCUCGUUUUCUGUCUAAGAUUUCUCGGUCCAGACUCUGUCAAUAUAUUUAGAGUUUUUUUUGUGUGAAAGAGCAUCUCAU